AUGCCAGCCGCAGCAGCAGCAACAGCUGAAGUAGCGCCAUCAACAGCAGCAAGAGCAGCAGCAGCCAUUGCUGCUGCAGCUGCGGGUGGCGAAGAAAUGGCUGAAGCCGCAGCAACCUUAGGCCCCGCUGUCUCGAGCUGCAGCAGCAGCAGCACAGCAGCAGCGACAGCAGCAGAGGCAGCAGCAGCAACUGCAGCUGCAGCGGAAACAGCAGCUGCAGCAGACCCCGUUGUAGCGUUUCUGCUUGAUGACGAGCAGCAGCUGCAGCAGCACAUUCUGCUAUGCGACGAGUUGCUGCAGCAACUGCUGCUGAGCAGCAAACGGCGGCAGCAGCAGCAGCACAUAAAGCAGCAGCUGCUGCCGGACCUGCAGCAGCUGCAGCAGCAAGCCGAAGGCACUGUGGCUGCAGUGGAGCAGCAACUGCGGGCAGCAGCAGAGACAGCAGGAGCCAUCAGCCGGCCUAUUCAGCAGCUGCAGCAGCAGCAGCAGCUGCUGCAGCAAGCAGCAGACAUAGCGAAGCACAUAAACGCCAUUCACACGCAACAAACAAGGGCUGAUGCUGCGCUUGAAGAAGGCGACCUGCUGCUGGCUGCUACAUGCAUCAGCAGCUGUCUGUACACCCGAGAUGAGUUUGAGCGAAUAGACCAGCGCUACCAGCAGCAGCAGCAGCAGCAGCAGCAGCAAGCGGCAAAGGCAGCAGGUGGGGGCAUUUGCGGGGCGGAGGCCGCUGUGCUGCAGCGGCUGCAGCAGCAGCAGCAGCUGCUGCUGCAGCAGCUCAACAAGCGCCUCAGUGCCGUGGCUAAAAACCUCGUAACCACCGCGCUGCAGCAGCAGCAGCAGCAGCAGCAGCAGCAGAUGCACCGGCUGGACACUGACGUCAGCGCGGGGGAGAGCCCGCAGCAGCCGGACUCGCAGGAGCAGCAGCAGCAGCAGCAGCAGCAGCAGCAGCAGCAGCAGCAGUGGACGCAAGAGCUGCGUCUGCUGCUGCGCUGCUACUUUUUGCUGCGCAAAGCAGCAGCAGCAGUUUCGCGCCUUUGCCGCCUCGUGACUGACGCCCUCGCAGACACCUCUGCUGCUCACUUCAGGGUGCUGCUGCAGCCGCAGCAGGGAGGGAGUGGGAAGCUGCAUGCGGCGGUGCUGCACCAGCUUUACAAGAAUGUGUCAAAGGUAGCUUCAGUGCAGCAGGUGCUGCGCUCUGCGGUACUGGCGAUGGCAACGCAGUUCCCCGAAGAAAUGGAUGGGGAGGGCGCUGCUGCUGCUGCUGCAGCAGAUGCUGCCGCUGCUGCUUCUGCGGGGGCCCCUGCAGCAGCAGCAGCAGCAGCUUACUUCAUUGCAGCAAUAUCACAGGAGCUUGACGUGGAAGGCGUUAGGGUUUUAAAUCACUUUUUGGACUCCAAGCAGGACUACUUCACAUUUACCAAGGAGGGAGGAGGGAGAGAUCCUGAAACUCUUAGAGCUGCCCUCGGAAGUGCUGCUGCUGUUGCUUCCGACGCAGCAGGCGACAGCAAUAGCAGCAGCAGCAGCAGCAGCAACAGCAGCAGCAGCAGCAGCAACAGCAGCAGCAGCAACGGCAACAGCAGCAGCAAUAGCAGCAGCAGCCGCGCGCGUGGGGAGAGUAACGCUGUCGCCCAAAUGCUGACUCAGCAGCAGGUCAGCAACAGCAGCAUCAUGAGCAGCAGAGGUGCAGCAGCAGCAGCAGCAGCAGCAGCAGCACAGACAUUCGUCCGUCAGAUGGAGCAUCCGGCCCUGAUACAGAGGCGGGAGGAGCUGGUGGCGGAGUAUAUUGCACUGGAGCACGCGCUGAUGCUCUGGGCCGUGCGAGAGGCGCUGGAGGUUCAGGACGAGCUGCCGUUUGCUGCAGCAGCAGCAGCAGAAGCAGCAGCAGCAGCAGCGCGGCGCCCCCCGGAGAGCCCUGGGGGCCCCGCAGAAGCAGCAGCAGAAGAGCAGCAGCGAAUUGCAGCACUUAAGAAAGCAGAAGAAGAAGCUGCAGCAAGUGGGGAGUGUCUUUACAGCACAAUGAUGGAAGAUCUCUUCUUCGUGCUGCAGGCUUCCGUCUCGAGGGCCCUCAGGUCUGGCGACAGCCUGGCGCUGUGCGCGCUGGUGAAUCAUGUUGCUGCUGCGCUGCGCUGCGAAGUGCUGGCAGCGCUGCGGCAGUGCCUGGAGAGCAGCAAGGGGCCCUACGUGUUCUUUGUCCAGGACGAACACAGACUCAGCAGCUACUCUAUAGUCAAGGCCCUGGAGGCCAAAGCCGAAGGAAAGCCGCUGCCGCAGAAGCUCAGAGCUCGCCAUUGCUGGCCCGUGGCUGUCAACAAUGUGCAGCUUUGUUUGUCUUCGCUGGCGCACUUCAAGGCAGCUACAAAGAAUGCAAUGUUGCAGCAGCACCAGCAGCAGCAGCAGCAGCAGCAGCAGGACCCAGCAGCAGCAGCAGCAACUGAAGGAGAGGGAGAAGGCAAAUCGCCUCUCCUCAUCAUGCACUACACGCUUCAGGAGCUAGACGGAGCAGCAGAGGCGCUGCAGCAGCUGCACCACCGCUGCUGCUCCUUGACCCUCCGCUUCUUCCAGGUGUAUUGGCAGCACUGCUUUGAGCUGCUGAAGAAAUGCGACUUCGACAGAGACGCAGCACUGAUGGAAGAAGGGUCCUUGUUAGGGUGCGCGUGGCGGCUGAAGCUGCAGCGGCUGUUUGGCCUUUUAGCUGCGCAUUUCAGCCGCUGGUUUGACCUCAAGGGACAGGCCACGCUGUGUGACUUGCUGCUAGACCUCGUGGUGAAGAAUCUGGAAUCCGGGCUGCUGGAGAAGACCUACAGCGCGUCGGGGGGCAUUUUGGCCAACCAAGAAACCCGCAAUCUUUGCUUGGUGGUGCAGCGGCUGAGUUUGAGUCCUGCUGCUGGCAGCAGCAGCAGCAGGCUGCAGCAGCAGGAAGCUGCUGCUGCUGCUGCUGCUGCCAGUAGGUGCUCCUUCUUCGACGACUUUGAAGACGAAGAAGAGACCCUUGAUGGCGUAGAGAUUAACUACCCGGAGCCAGUGAGGUCCAAGUUCUGCCGCCUAUUUGAGAUAGGAGAACUUCUCAGCCUUCCCUCUCUUAACGAAGUCUCUGAGCUGCUGGGAGAGAUAGAGGGGGGACAAUCUCUACUCACUCUUGAGGAAAUUAAAACAGUGCUGCGGCUUCGGGUCGACUUUGGCGAAAAAGAGAUUGAAGAGACACUGCGCUCAGUAAAAGCUGCUGCCACGUGA